AUGAUCAGAAAUACUGAGCGGGAGUCAUUACUGACAUCUCAAAAUAAGCGUCAUAAAAAAUAUUUCAAGUAUGGAUUGAAGUACAUUCUCACAACAGUUUUAGUUUUUUUCACAUUUCUGCAUAUAUGGUACCCGGAUGUUAUAUCUGAGAGUCUUCACUGGAAUUCCCAUGCAAAGAAGAAGAAUGUCAUCUUCUUUGUGACCGAUGGUAUGGGACCAGCCUCACUGUCACUGACUAGGUCGUACAGACAGUAUGUACAAGGAUUAGAUAUCGACGACAUCUUAGAGUUGGAUAGACACUUAAUUGGCUCUUCAAGAACAAGAUCGUACAAUUCUUUAGUUACAGAUUCUUCUGCAGGAGCAACAGCAUUUUCGUGUGGUAUGAAGACCUAUAAUAGUGGUACAGGUGUUGGACCGGACAAGACACCAUGUGGUACUUUGUUAGAAGCAGCAAAGCUCAAAGGAUACCUAACUGGAUUGGUAGUUACAACUAGGUUAACUGAUGCUACACCAGCUGCAUUUAGUUCGCAUGUGGACUACAGGUUUCAAGAAGAUCAGAUCGCCGAACAACAACUAGGUAACUACCCACUAGGACGAAUGGUAGAUCUUAUGAUGGGUGGUGGCAGAACACAUUUUUAUCCCUCCGGUACUAAUGAUCCAAGGUAUGGUCGUAGAGGUUUACGUCAAGAUGACAGAAACUUAAUCGAAGAGGCUAUUGAAAACGGAUGGCAAUAUGCUGGUAACAGAAAUGAUUUCGAUGACCUAAAAAUGGGUAAGAAUGUCACACUGCCAUUGUUAGGUUUAUUUGCUGAUUUUGAUAUCCCAUUUGAAAUUGAUAGAUCUGAUAAAGAGUAUCCAUCACUUGAAGAGCAAACGAUCACGGCUCUAACUGCCUUAAAUGAUGCCUCAAAGCACUCGGAUAAAGGAUUUUUUAUCAUGAUAGAGGGCUCAAGAAUUGACCAUGCAGGACAUCAAAAUGAUCCUGCAGCACAGGUUCGUGAAGUGAUGGCAUUUGACAAGGCAUUCAAAGCGGCUUUAGAGUUUGCCAAAGAAUCUGAUACAGAAACUGUCAUAAUAUCGACAUCAGAUCAUGAAACUGGAGGUCUGGUGACUGCCAGACAGGUAACGGUCUCUUAUCCGGAAUAUGUGUGGUAUCCGGAAGUAUUAUUCAAUAGCAAGCACUCUGGUGAAUAUUUGAAGCACAAGAUUGCUAAUUACAAAGGCAACGACAAAAAGCGUUUCAUUGAGAAGGAGGUGUUUGAAAAGAUAAUGAAUAUUGGUGACUAUUCUGAUAGUGACGUUGAAGACUUGAGCAAUAUGACAAAUGUGGAAGAUAUUCAAUAUAAGUUGAAUGAUAUGAUUUCGUUUAGAGCACAAAUUGGAUGGUCUACGCAUGGCCAUAGUGCAGUAGAUGUAAACAUAUAUGCAUACUCUAACAGGCCUAAAUCGUGGCAGUAUCUGCUAAGUAAGUUGCAAGGAAAUCAUGAAAAUAUUGAGAUAGGUCAUUUCAUGAGGGAUUACCUGGAAUUGGAUCUUGAGGAAGUUACAAAGCGUAUCAAGGAUACCGAUCAUUCUCCAAGAAAGCAAGGUAAUAUCUAUAUUGACGAAUAUCACCCUGCCAGUACUGUUGGAAUAUAA